AUGGCAAACUUUAACGAGAGAUCAUCAUCUAUUCGAGUUACUAAAUAUUCAGCACCACAUUCACUCAUUCCAUUACGAUCUAUUGAACCAUGGCGUCGUGAUAUUGUCAAUCGUGAAUUAAUUGUUAAUAAUGCCCAUCAUGGAAAUAUUCCUCAUUAUGAACAUGAUGAUGCACUUUAUUUCAAUAAACGUGAACAAAUGAAUUAUAAUAUUGAACCACGUGAUCGUGUAGAUAAAAAAUAUACUCUUCCAUCACGAGCUGAACAACUUGAGCCACGAUUUUAUGAAAUCUAUGAUCGUCAUCGUUCAUCAUUAUUAAGCCGUUAUGAUCCAUCGAAACGUUUUAAAAAGAAUUAA